CCACAUCACACCGCGCACUCCAACAACCACGUCUUGCACGAUACUCUUGUUCUCCUUUUUAGAGUUAUAAUAAUCCCUUACAGUGAUACUCCACAGCCAACAUGCUCGAGGCACGCUUGGAACAGGCCGCCCUGCUCAAGAAGGUUGUCGACGCUGUCAAGGACCUCGUGCAGGACUGCAACUUCGACUGCAAUGACUCUGGGAUCGCGCUGCAGGCCAUGGACAACUCGCACGUGGCGCUCGUGUCGAUGCUGCUGCGGUCCGAGGCCUUCAGCCCGUUCCGUUGCGACCGCAACAUCGCGCUCGGCAUCAACCUGGGCUCGCUCACAAAGGUGCUGCGCGCCGCGCAGACGGACGACAUACUCACGCUCAAGGCCGACGACGCGCCCGACGUGGUCAACCUGACGUUUGAGAACAAAGAGUCCGACCGCAUCAGCGAGUACGACAUCAAGCUCAUGGACAUCGACCAGGAGCACCUGGGCAUCCCGGAGACCGAGUACGCCGCCACCAUCACCAUGCCGUCGGCCGAAUUCCAGCGCAUCUGCCGCGACCUCUCUGCGCUGUCCGAGUCGGUCUCGAUUGAGUGCACCAAGGAGGGCGUCAAGUUCAGCUGUCAGGGCGACAUUGGCUCGGGGUCAGUGCAGCUUCGACAGCACACCAACGUCGACAAGCCCGGGGAGAACGUCGAAAUCGACCUCAGCGAGCCCGUCGCGCUGACCUUCUCGCUCAAGUACCUGGUCAACUUCUGCAAGGCCAGCGGCCUGUCGGAGAGCGUCAAGCUGAGCUUGUCCAGCGAGGUGCCGCUGCUCGUCGAGUACACGCUGUCGUCAAACAGCUACCUGCGCUUCUACCUCGCGCCCAAGAUUGGCGACGAGGAGUAGUUUGUUGUCAUGGCAUGUUCGGGAUGAUGUGGGAUACGAAAUGCAGGUGGCGUUUUGUCACGGUUGUAAACGGCGGUCAGAGUGCGCGUUGCAGGCGGCGUACUGUCACGGUUGCACACGGCGAUAUCGAGUGCGCGUUGCGAAUGGGCGAAUGGGCGACUCGCGGAGGUCGCAGGUCCUCGGUGCCCCGCCAGCGCCCCGCUGCGUCAUCGCGCGUGGAAUUUCAGAUAAGGAAUACACCAGUCACCAGUCACCAGUACCAGCACCAGC